CGGAAAAAUAUAUAAAGAAAAUCGCUUCAAUUUUUCUCUUAAUUUCCAGAAGUCAUCGCGUGAGCUAAUACAAUCCGUUAUGGACAGAAACAUGUUUAUCGUUUGCUUGGUAAUAGUUGUAGCGGCUAUUGUUGUUGAUGUUGGGCAAUGCUCAUCCCUAGCAGGGAUAAGUAAGUUCCCUGCGGCAGAAGCGAAUAAAAUCGAUGACAAUAACAAACAAUGCGUUUGCAUGAAUUGGAGAUAUUGCGAGGGAACUAUUAAUUCAGAUGUUCAAUGCCCAUCCAGUUACUUUCAAGUUUGCUGUGUUAAGCCGAAUCCGCCAUCAAAUCCGCAUAUUUACGACUACUACAAAGAAAAUCCAGACAGGAAAGUAAUGUUAGUGUAAAUAUUCCUUUUUACGAUUUGUUAUUUAUGUGUUAAGAUUUUUAAUGUUAAUUAAUGUUCCUAAUGAAGUUUCUCUAAUAAUACAACAAUUCCUAAUUGAAUCUUUUUUUUAUUACGCAAAACUAAUUAUCAACUCUUUUAAUAGUUUGUAAAGAACAAAAAAAAAUAUCGAAAAUCG